AUGUCCAUGUUUCAGAUCAUGGCCAGGAAGCGAGGCCGGGACGACGAUUCAGACUCGGAUUUUGAUGAGGACAGAUACCCCAAGAAGUAUCGACCGGAAAGCCACGAGCUGGUCAGCCAUGACCAACUUCAUCCCCAACUACUCUCGAACCUACCCCACCGGGGCGCACACACGCCGUCUCCACCAAGAUUGUUCACGGACAUCCGGUCAAUGACGCCAGCACAAUCAGAACACGGAGGAGCCUACUCGCCGGAUUCGAUAUACGGUGGUCCCGUUCGUAUAUCAAGAGAGUCAAGUGGCACAGACAUGGAUAUGGACUUGGACGACGAUGAAAUGGACGUUCGCAGUCAACCACCAGAGUCGCCCGCCUUCAGCUCGUUUGGCAACAACUUUAUGCGACCGGCUAUGCUCCAACCGUCUUUAUUCAACUCAGAUACUGUCAACAACAAUGGUCGCAUACCUACGCCCAUACAUCCUACCUUUAAGAGAGGAGGAAUGAAUGGAUUGGGAUACCCCAUGAGUGGCUCAGCAGGUGCCAUGGCUAUGAACAACCUGCACCUACCUUCAGUGCAAGCACCUCCACCAGCCUGGAAGGGAUCGGGACAGCAUGCAGAUGACGAUCGGAGCAGACGUAUGCCUUCGCCCAUCUCAGAGGACGAGGACGUUCCAGAUACGCCGACCGCACUUACCCAGUCCCAGCUAUCGCGACUUAGUUUCUCGCACGCCAGUACGGCCGAUCAAAUGGAUGCCGAGUCUUCCUCAACACUGGCUCCACCGUCAACGCCUCGUGGUAGAAAACGAAGCGGUGCAUUGACGGGUAUGGGUCGUUUCAGCAUGGGUUAUCGGGAAGACUGCGAGAAGUGCAGGCAGAGGGUCCCAGGUCAUUAUUCGCAUUUCCUACCCUAG